AUGACAAAUCUCGACGAUGGAUGGGGCGCUCCUUAUGACAAUCAAACUUACGUGGAAGCAUAUGAUCAGUUGGAAAUGGCUCUAAUGGAACCACUUGAUCAUGUUCUCGAAAAAUCAAAUGUGGAAGAGUUUCGUCCCAAAUUUAAAAACCAGAAGGAUCCGAAAAAACGGAACUGGAUAAAGAAAACAAACGGUGACACUGAAUGGAAGGAACUUAUUUAUGGAUUUGGAACAAGUGACGAAUCUGAAAUUGAAGAUCACGAAUUGAAGAAACAUUAUUUCCAACCACCUCUACAAGUUCAAAGAAAUUCUUUCGUCAAAAAUACACUAAUGAACUUCAAGAAAGAAUCAAACAUAGAUAUCCAACGUCUUGCUAUCAUGGGAUGUGGUGAAAUGUCAUUGGAAAGAGGGCUUUGUGAUGUUCUGGGUACAUUUGGAACUAUUAAUGUUCUUUCUGUGGAUAUAGAUCCGGUUUCUCUUUCUGUUGGACAACAAUUACUCGAGAAGCACUUGAAUCAGCAAGGAGACAUCAUAUCAUCCGAAACCGGACUUCCGGUGUUAAUGCGUUCUUAUCUUGGAGAUAUACUUGAACCAGAUCACCGCUUCGCAGACGUUGAUGCUAUAGUUUCCCUAGAAGUAGUGGAACACAUUUCAUUGGAAGACGCGAAGAAGUUUGUCAAUAACGUUUUGGGUACUUUGAUCCCAAGAAUUUUCAUUUUCUCCACUCCAAAUCACGAGUAUAACACUGUUUUCGGGAUGAAACCUGGCGAGUUUCGCCACGAUGAUCACAAGUUUGAAAUGAACAGAAAGGAAUUCUCCGAUUGGCUGGAGGAACUCUCAAUUCGUUUUCCUCAUUAUCUUAUCGAACCGCCACAUUUCAUAGGAAUGACUCCAAAAUACGAAGAUCUGAGUGGUGCAUCACAGGCGGCAGUCUGUCGUCUCCAAGAUAAUAUAAACACCUCUCUUCCUCAAGAAAUCACGCCUUACAAAUCGGUGGGUCACGUUGCGUGUCGUCUAGGUAGCCGAUUGGUUGCUUAUAAUCUCGUUAGACAAGCAUUUUUGGAAUGGUUGGAGAACGUCGAGAUGCACCCCGCUGGGUUAAAAAAUGAAACAUUCAUGCCAUAUUGGAGUUUCAAUAUCUCACAUAUUCUACAUCACAUUCAUGCUCCCAUCAGCUUUUCUUCUACGAUUGAUGAGAAAGUGGCAAUUAAGUAUAUUCAAGGAAUGACUAGCUAUAAAGUUCACCCGGAUUCUGUAAAUGGCGUCAAUGGAAUAGCAAUUCCGCAAAGUCAAACCAAGGCUAAUCUCAUCGAGACAGUCGAGCGCAACGCUAAAAUGCAGUGA